AUGGUGGAUAUUAUUUUUCCUUAUCCUUUUCUGGGUGCUAUGGGGGAUCAUUCCAAGAAGAAGCCCGGGACGGCCAUGUGCGUGGGCUGCGGGAGUCAGAUCCACGACCAGUUUAUCCUGCGGGUGUCGCCCGACCUCGAGUGGCAUGCCGCCUGCCUCAAGUGCGCCGAGUGCAGCCAGUACCUGGACGAGACAUGCACGUGCUUCGUGAGAGACGGGAAGACCUACUGCAAGCGCGACUACGUCAGGCUGUUCGGCAUCAAGUGCGCAAAGUGCCAGGUGGGCUUCAGCAGCAGCGACCUGGUGAUGCGGGCGCGGGACAGCGUGUACCACAUCGAGUGCUUCCGCUGCUCUGUGUGCAGUCGCCAGCUGUUGCCCGGCGACGAGUUCUCGCUGCGGGAGCAUGAGCUGCUUUGCCGAGCGGACCACGGCCUCCUGCUGGAGCGCGCAGCGGCCGGCAGCCCGCGCAGCCCUGGCCCGCUCCCGGGCGCCCGCGGCCUGCAUCUGCCAGACCCCGGGGCGGGCCGGCAGCCCUCGCUGCGCCCGCACGUGCACAAGCAGACGGAGAAGACGACCCGCGUCCGCACGGUGCUCAACGAGAAGCAGCUGCACACCCUGCGAACGUGCUACGCGGCCAACCCGCGGCCCGACGCGCUCAUGAAGGAGCAGCUGGUGGAGAUGACCGGCCUGAGCCCGAGGGUCAUCCGCGUCUGGUUCCAGAAUAAGCGCUGCAAGGACAAGAAGAAAUCCAUCCUCAUGAAGCAGCUGCAGCAGCAGCAGCACAGCGACAAGACGAGUCUUCAGGGACUGACUGGGACGCCGCUGGUGGCUGGCAGCCCCAUCCACCACGAGAGCGCAGUGCAGGGCAGCGCAGUCGAGGUGCAGACGUACCAGCCGCCGUGGAAAGCGCUCAGCGAAUUCGCCCUCCAGAGUGACCUGGACCAGCCGGCUUUCCAGCAGCUGGUCUCCUUCUCCGAGUCCGGCUCCCUGGGCAACUCCUCCGGCAGUGACGUGACCUCCUUGUCCUCGCAGCUCCCCGACACCCCUAACAGCAUGGUGCCAAGUCCUGUGGAGACGUGA